AUGAACAACAAUAUUAUUGAAAUUUCCAAUAUCGAAAAUUUUCAAAACAAUCUAAAAGAUUGUUGGGUCUAUAUUAAUAACAAUGAUGAUAAAAUCAAAAAAAUCAUAGAAAAUUAUAAAUAUGAUAAAAAUAAUAAUGAAAAUAACAAUGAUGAUUGUAAUUAUGAUUAUGACAGUUAUAUUGAAGAUGAUUGUUGCGCUGGUGACAUUAGCGAUGAAGAUAAUAAUAGUGAAACUGGUGAUAAAGAUAUUAAUGACAAUGACGAUCUGAUGAUAUUAAAGUAG